AUGGCUCUCCGUCACAUCGACACGGCGCCCCAGGCAGAGGACUUCACCCCGCUGCAAGAGCAUCAACAGCAGACACCAACCACCUUCUUCGGCGCAAACCCUGUCUUAUACGCACACUACGAUGGACUUACCCUUUCUGCGCCUCCCUCACAGCUAGAGCAAAAUGUCGCCUUCUCCAAGUUCGACAGUGAGACCGACGGCGAAAACGCGCUGAUCAAAAACGUCGCCAUCUGGGUGAGCUCACAGAACCUCAUCUUCUUCCAAACUUCUCCCACACCGACCGGCGUCUCUGUGCCCUACCCCAGCAUCGCCCUCCAUGCAACCAUGAAAUAUAAAUCCACCACCGAAGCCCUCUACAUGAGCCUCUCCCUCAACGACACCGAAAAUGUAAACGAAGAAGACGACAUUGAAGUCCUCGAACUCACCGUCCUCCCGCCCUCAUACGACUCAAACCCAGAGACUGCAUGCAUCAAAGACAUAUUUACCGCAAUGAACACGUGCGCAGAUCUACACCCUGAUCCCCAUGGCAACGACGAGGACGACGAGGAUAUCGAUAUCCUCGACGAAUCCGCACCUGGCGCAUCGGGAUGGAUCACCGCGGACAACAUGGAUGACUAUGUAGACGAAAAUGGCAACUUUCGAAGCACAGUCCUGGGCGGUCAAGAGCUGGGUCCUGGGGCCGGAACUAUACGCCAGCGGGAAGAUGGCGACGAGGAUACCAAUGGAACUAAUGGCGUUGAGGGUCAUGAAGAAAAGUACCACCGUACGAGCUAG